CAAACAUUCUGCAGGAUACAGUACACGGGGGACAGUAACAAUGUGGCACAUAACAGGACACUCCAUGCAGCAGACAAUAGAGAUGGAGGCUCUAGGACCCAACGGUGUGCUUGCACAACCAGGCCUGUUCGCGUCAUCCGUCCCCGCCCUGUCGUACUGCUUGAGGAUGUGAUUGGUCGGGAGAGGAUGGCUCCGCCCCCGGUGAUGCUCUGUCACCUCUGAUGGGAAAUGCUCGGCAGUUGGAGCCCGGCCUGUACCGGGAACACACCGGGCUGUCGGCGGCUCUGUGGACCGCGGAGGGCGGCUCAGCGUGGUGUACACGCCCGGCCCGAUCACAACAACGUCUCCAGGAGCAGCCGGAGAUAACGGGUUAAUGCCGGGGGGAUACGGGAAGAGGACCGGAGGGGAGCGCGGCACCGGAGCCAGGGAGGAGGCAGUUCCGGUGGGGCGGUAGCCGCAGGGCAGGAUGCCGCCCGGAGUUUACUGCCCAGUGGACUUCUGGGCCAAAGAGGAAAAGCAGAACAUUCUGGUGGAUUUCCUGCUACCGUCUGGUAUUUACCUCAACUUUCCUGUGCCAUGCAAUGCCAGCCUUGGGAAUAUCAAGAAGUUACUAUGGCAACGGGCGCAGCAGGAACCACUUUUUCACACCCUCGGAUCCCCCUCGUCCUAUGUCUUUACCUGCAUCAAUCAAACCGCCGAACAGCAGGAGCUGGAAGAUGAGCAGCGGCGCCUGUGUGAUAUCCAGCCCUUCCUGCCGGUCCUGAGGCUCGUGGCCAGGGAGGGAGACCGGGCCGAGAAGCUACUAAAUUCCCAAAUAAGCCUGUUGAUUGGCAAAGGUCUUCAUGAAUUUGACACUCUAAACGACCCAGAAGUCAAUGAUUUCCGCACCAAAAUGCGCCAGCUCUGCGAGGAGAUCGCCCUGCGGCGGCAGCACAUGAACUGGGACUGCUGGAUGGAGUCAAACUUUCCCCUGCAGCUGGAGCAUUCCUCCAAAGUGUUCGCCAAGACGUCUCAGAGCAACAAGACCCUCAUGAUCAACGUCAAGUUUGAAAGUAGCGAGGAGAGCUUCACACUACAGGUGUCUCCUCGCGACUUUCCACACUCCAUCAUCCGCAUGGCUCUGAGGAAGAAGUCCAAUGUGUCCGGCCAGCAGUGCCCGGGGCGUCCUGAAGACUACAUGCUACAGGUUAACGGAGUCCUGGACUACAUCUAUGGAAAGUACCCGCUGUGCCAGUUCAAACACCUCAACCACUGUCUCCAGUCCAACUGCACGGCUCACCUCACCCUCGUCUCCAUCUCCUCCACCUUACCUGACCAGCAGGGAGACACCAUCAUCAGCUCCAAAGUACGACACAAACCGCCGCCGCUACCGACCAAGAAGCCACAUCAGUGUUCACUAUGGAAACUGGAGAGACCAUUUACACUUAAGCUCCUGUCUGGCUACAACGUCAAUGCAGACGACGGAUUGAAGCUGCUGGUCCAGUGCGGCCUCUAUCACGGCAAUGAGCUCUUAUGUAAGACGGCCGCCAGCAAUGAAGUAAACGCUUCCUCCGAUCCACAAUGGUUUCAGUCUCUAGAGUUCGACAUUAAUGUUUGUGACCUCCCUCGCAUGACCCGGCUCAGCCUCGCUCUUUACGCCGUCGACAAGUCCAAAAAAGCCAAGUCCUCCAAAAAGAAAUCAAAGAAGACUGACUACCCCAUAGCUUGGGUGAACACCAUGUUGUUUGACUACAAGGACAUGCUGAAAUGUGGAGAAUACUCGCUCUGUAUGUGGUCCUCAUUUCCAGAUGAAAAAGGAGAUCUGCUCAACCCAAUGGGGACCGUACAAUGUAACCCGAAUACAGAAAGCGCCGCCACCCUGAGGAUCUGCUUUGUCAGCAUGUCCGAUCACCCCGUGUACUACCCCUCUAUAGAGAAGAUACAUGAGCUGGGCAGACUGGGAGAUGUGUGUAACGCUACCCCUGAUGAGCGAAUGCAGCUCCUGGAGAUUGUAGAGCGCAAAGGCCAGGCCGAGCUGUACGAGCACGAGAAGGAACUGGUGUGGAAACUGCGUCACGAAAUCAAAGAGCGGUACCCGGAGGCCCUGCCGAAACUACUGCUCACCACCAAGUGGAGCAAGCACGAGGAUGUGGCACAGAUGGUGUAUCUGCUGCAGACUUGGCCCGAGCUGCCCGUCCUUACAGCCCUGGAACUAUUAGAUUUCAACUUCCCUGAUCGACAUGUGGGAUCAUUCACUAUGAGCUGCCUGAAAAAGCUAACGAACGAGGAGCUUUGUCAGUAUCUCCUUCAGCUGGUGCAGGUUCUUAAAUAUGAAUCUUACCUGGACUGUGAGCUGACCACGUUCCUCCUGGAGAGGGCGCUCAUCCACCGCAAGAUCGGACACUUCUUAUUCUGGCACCUUAGAUCGGAAAUGCACGUCCCAGCAGUGGCCUUAAGGUUCGGCCUUAUCCUGGAAGCAUACUGCAGGGGGAGCACCUAUCAUAUGAAGGUCCUUAUGAAACAGGGAGAAGCUCUGUCCAAGCUUAAAGGUCUCAAUGACUUUGUGAGAUCCAGCGUCCAGAAGACCAGCAAGGCCCAGGCCAAAGAAGCCAUGCACAUGUGUAUAAGGCAGGACACCUACCUGGAGCCGCUGUCACACAUCUACUCCCCGCUGGACCCCAACCUCAUCCUCACAGACGUGUGUGUGGAGCUUUGCACUUUCAUGGAGUCCAAGAUGAAGCCCCUGUGGAUUGUUUACAACAACGAGAUGCUGGGCGGGAGCCGGGUCGGCAUCAUCUUUAAGAAUGGAGACGAUUUGCGACAGGACAUGUUGACCUUGCAGAUGAUCAAACUUAUGGAUGUAUUGUGGAAGAAGGAAGGGCUGGACCUCAGGGUCACCCCUUAUGGCUGCCUAUCGACAGGAGACAAGACGGGUCUUAUUGAAGUCGUCAUGCACUCGGACACCAUUGCCAACAUCCAGCGUAACAAAAGUAACAUGGCAGCAACUGCGGCGUUCAAUAAGGACGCCCUGCUGAACUGGUUAAAGAGCAAGAACCCAGGGGAAGCCCUGGAGCGAGCGAUUGAGGAGUUCACCCUGUCCUGUGCUGGCUACUGUGUAGCAACGUAUGUUCUGGGCAUUGGGGAUCGACACAGCGACAAUAUCAUGAUACGUGAAACUGGGCAGCUGUUCCACAUUGAUUUCGGUCACUUCCUGGGUAACUUUAAAACCAAAUUUGGCUUCAACCGAGAACGUGUUCCCUUUAUCCUGACGUAUGAUUUUGUGCACGUUAUCCAGCAGGGGAAAACCAACAACAGCGAGAAGUUUGAGAGGUUCCGGGAUUACUGUGAAAAAGCUUACACCAUCCUCCGAUGCCAUGGUGCCCUCUUCCUUAACUUGUUUGCACUGAUGAAAGCGGCCGGAUUGCCUGAACUUACCUGCUCGAAAGAUAUCCAGUAUCUCAAGGACUCCUUAGCACUUGGGAAGAGCGAUGAAGAUGCAUUGAAGCAGUUCCGGGUGAAGUUCAAUGAGGCCCUGCGGGAAAGCUGGAAGACCAAAGUGAAUUGGUUCGCGCACACUGUAUCCAAAGACAAUAGACAGUGAUGGAAAAGGACAAAAUUUAUUUGGGUUUUGAUACAAUAUUUGGAUCUUAAGGCACAAGAGCGCUCUCUCCAUAGACUCCAUGUUCCUCUUCACAUCUACGAGCUUUGGGAUUUUUCACAGUAACAUCUGUUCUGUUGCUUAUUGGGCACCGCCCGGUUCCUGGCAUCACCGUGGGCUCAGCCUUGCCAAUUUGGAAUACUCCAGGGAUUUGUCCGCAGCCAUCAGCACUUAGCUCCCUUUAGCAUGAGGCUGCUGGAUUCGUCUCGCGUUGGUCGCUGACUUACAAUGACUCCUCUGUAUGACGGGCUGUGGUGGCCUCAUCUCCCGACGCUGUGUGAAUUGGUUCCUACCGAGACUCCAUGAUGCUGGACUCUCCUCAUUCCAGGCUUGUUGCACUGGGUUUUGUUCUACAGCAGUGCUCUGUAGCCUGCAGCUGUUGUCCAACUAAAACGCCCAGCAUGCCCUGGGAGCGGUAGCUUCGCAAGUGCUACUGGUUCCAGAGUACUGGGUCUGCAGGGACUUCUGACCCAUAAAUGGCAGAUCUUGCACUGAUGUCAUGUCGUCACAGACUACCUGUAGUUCUCGGCAAGCUUUUUAAAUGGUCCGGACCAGAAGAAGCUCUUUAUUUGUUGCAAUAAACACCUCCCCUUGUAAUUAUGUUAAUAAAGGUGUACAUUGUACGUGUUUGAACAGAGA